AUGAGUCGCACAAUUGUUAUGUAUAUAGAGAUUGGCUGUUUUUUGUCUUGUGUUUGUGGAUGGAUCCUGAUUUGUUCUACUCUGCCCACUGAGUAUUGGAAUUUUUCUGAAGUUGGUGAUGCUGUACUCACCACAGUCAACUACUUCUCCAACUUGUGGAUGGAUUGUGUGUCUGACACCACUGGUGUAUCUGACUGCAAAAAUUACCCAUCUAUGUUGGCACUUCCAGUUUUCUUGCAUGUAUGCCGUGCCCUGGCUGUUGUCUCUGUAAUCCUGGGAUUUUGGGGUGCUGUUCUUACCUUGAUUGGAAUGAAGUGCACAAAAAUUGGUGGCUCUGAAAUCAUUAAUGCCAGGGUAACAUUUGCUGCUGCCCUUGCCUAUUUGGCAUCAGGGCUUAGUGGCAUAAUAGUGUAUUCCUUGUGGGGGCAUAAAGUGCGGACAGAAUUUGUGGAUGUAAACUUUAAGCCACAGAGAUUUGAACUAGGUGCAGCAGUGUUUAUAGGCUGGGGAGGAUCAUCCUUAAUUAUAGCAGGAGGUGCAGUUUUGUGUUUUAUCUCAGGACGAGAAGGACUAUGCUCAAGACAAAGUAAUACACAUCUUCGAUCACAGGCUUACACGAGAGCUCAAUCCAGAGGAACAUACAUAACAGCUCAAACCAGAGGAAGCUACAUAACGCCUGUCUACUCCAGAUCAAUUCCAGUAAUGCCUCCUUUAUUUAAUUCCGAUAGAGGGAGCAAGGAACCCAAAAGGACACAAAGAACAUACAAAACCCGCUAUAACAGGACUAUACCCUCUGUGCCAGUGAACAUGGAUUCAUAUGUGUGA